CCUUUCAUUCUCAACAAGUUGCACAUAAUAAUCAACCAAUCUUUAUCCAUCUUUCUUCUAAGACAACCAAUCAAAAUCCUCAAAAUGAAGUUAAGUUAAAAGUGUCCUUCAGAUCAUCUUUCUUCUCAUUAAUUGCUAUUACCAUUAUAUUGUACCUAAUAAUACUUUUGCAUGUCACCAAACCUUCCAUAUCACUAAUGACACAAAGACUAUUGUGUCUUGUGAAAAUGUUGAGGAACAAUCACUUCUGUUGGCUUUUAUCUUAUCAGCUACUACUUCUUAUCUUGAUCUUGACUGGCAUUGAAGCUGUUGAAGUAGAUAGAAAAGAAGACUUUUACAUUGUUUUCUUGAAAGAUAAUCCGGCGAACGAAGAAUCUGCAUUUCAGAGACAUAUUGAUGUCCUGUCAUCUUUAAAGAGAAGGGAUGCAACAGAAUCUCAUGUUUAUAGCUAUACAAAAAUCUUCAAUGCAUUUGCAGCAAAGCUAUCUCAAUAUGAAGUUCACAAGUUAUCCAGCAUGGAUGAAGUGGCUUCUGUCAUACCAAAUAGAUAUAGGAAGCUACAUACUACAAGAUCAUGGGAAUUUAUUGGUUUGCCUGCAACAGCGAAAAGAAGAUUGAAUGGGGAGAGCAACAUUAUUGUGGGAGUCUUCGAUACAGGGGUAACUCCUCAAUCAAAGAGCUUUAAGGAUGAUGGCCUUGGUCCUCCUCCAGCCAAAUGGAAAGGAAGUUGUCACCAUUUUGCAAAUUUUUCUGGAUGCAACAACAAGCUUAUAGGGGCAAGAUACUUCAAGCUGGACAAAGUACCUGAUCCAAAUGACAUAAUGUCACCAAUUGAUGUGCACGGUCAUGGAACACAUACAUCAUCCACCCUAGCGGGAAGUAUGGUACCUGAUGCAAGCUUAUUUGGUCUUGCCCGAGGGACAGCACGUGGAGCGGUUCCUUCUGCUAGAGUAGCUAUGUACAAAGUCUGUUGGGCGACAUCAGGUUGUUCAGAUAUUGACAUUCUAGCUGCAUUUGAAGCUGCCAUUAUUGAUGGUGUAGACAUAAUAUCCAUCUCAAUUGGUGGUCUUACUGGUGGUUAUACGACUGAUGUGAUAUCUGUUGGGGCCUUUCAUGCCAUGAGAAAAGGGAUCCUUACUGUGGCUUCUGCUGGAAAUGAUGGACCUAACCUCAACACUGUCGCAAACCAUGCACCAUGGGUGCUAACUGUGGCAGCUAGUGGCAUUGAUAGGGAGUUCAGGAGUAAGGUGUUGUUGGGAAAUGGGAGAACAGUCUCAGGAAUUGGAGUAAACGCGUUUGACCCAAAGCAAAAAUUGUAUCCUCUUGCGAUGGGAGUUGAUAUAGCCAAGAGCUCUGAUACUCGAGAGAGUUCAAGGUACUGCAGUGAAGGAUCAAUGGACCCUAGAAAAGUAAAGGGAAAGCUUGUUUAUUGCCAAUUAGGUUCUUGGGGUGUUGAUUCUGUUGUAAAAGAACUCGGAGGAAUUGGCACUAUUAUUGAAAGUGAUCAGUUUCUUGAUUCUGCCCCAAUUUUCAUGGCUCCUGCAACAAUAGUUAGCAGCAGCAUAGGGAGAAGUAUGAAUAGCUAUAUGCAUUCAGACAGAUUACCUUCAGCAGUAAUUUACAAAUCACAAGAAGUUAAGAUUAAAGCUCCAUUCAUCGCAUCAUUUUCAUCAAGAGGUCCAAAUCCGGGAACAAAGCACCUUCUGAAGCCUGACAUUGCAGCUCCAGGAAUUGACAUUUUGGCUUCUUACACCCCCAUGAAAUCACUCACUGGUCUGAAAGGCGAUACUCAAUAUUCAGAAUUCACCCUCAUGUCUGGCACUUCCAUGUCAUGCCCUCAUGUUGGUGGUGCAGCUGCAUAUGUGAAGUCAUUUCAUCCUGACUGGUCUCCUUCUGCUAUUAAGUCUGCCAUCAUGACUACUGCAAGAUCAAUGAGCUCAAAGGUGGACAGGGAAGCAGAGUUCGCGUAUGGUGCUGGACAAGUUAAUCCGAUGAAAGCAAGAAGCCCUGGAUUAGUCUAUGACAUGGAUGAUAUGGCAUAUAUCCAAUUCUUAUGCCAUGAAGGCUAUAAUUCAUCAUCAGUCUCCAGUUUACUUCGACAACAGGUAAAUUGCUCCACACUGAUUCCUGCAACUGGCGAAGAUGCUAUCAACUAUCCUACAAUGCAGCUUGGCCUAAAGAGUGAUCAAGAACCAACCAUAGGCAUUUUCAGGAGGAGAGUUACCAAUGUUGGCCAAGCCAAAUCUGUUUAUAAUGCAACCAUCAGAGCUCCUAAGGGAGUGGAUAUAACAGUACAACCAAUGACUCUCUCCUUCACACGCCCGAUGCAGAAGAGAAGUUUCAAGGUUGUUGUGAAGGCAAAACCAAUGUCAAAUGCUAUAAUAUUGUCAGGCUCACUCACUUGGAAAAGCUCCCGGCACAUUGUAAGAAGUCCUAUAGUCAUAUAUGAUCCAAAGGUUUUUGAUUAAGUUGUAAUGUGAUAAUCUCCAUGAAUAAUGAUACAGAAGAGGCACAAAAGAACAUUAAGAAACAGAGAUUAUAGAUGAAAUUGAAGGUCAUGAUGUGACAUCUGUGAAUAA